AUGUCGACAGUGGAACAGACCCAGGGAUCAUCGACUGGAGAAUCCGUCCAGGAUUCGACUUCUGUCCCAGUGGGAGACACAUCCUCAGAUCCCCAGAUGUCCACAGUGGAACAGACCCAGGGAUCAUCGACUGGAGAAUCCGUCCAGGAUUCGACUUCUGUCCCAGUGGGAGACACAUCCUCAGAUCCAGCCUCCGUACCAACUGAGGAAGCCCAGAAAACAGCCGAACCCCAGGAAACAACAGCUGAACCCCGGGAGAAUGUGUCCACCGUCCCAGAACCAGAUACAAACUCAGAUCCACCGUUGGACACAACUCUGGAACCCCAGGGAGCAGGGACUGCAGACCCUGGUCCGGGUUUAACUCGUGACCCAGCAGGGUCUGCAAGCUCAGGUAUCAGUGGUGGGGAGCAUGGAACAUAG